UAGGUUGCACAUCCCAUUUCCUUGGCGAUCACACCCAAUCCCAAUAACUUAGUCCAGUUAGACGACUUCAACCCAAAAUACUAACGGUUUUUGGCUCCUCUCUCUUUAGUCGAUUGAAAAUUUGCAACUGCCCUGCGCUCAAAGCACACUAGUCCCCCUCGCCGUUGCUGUUGCCGCUGGUCACCGUCCUCGUCCAGAGCUGAAAUUAUGGGCUCAGAGAUGGAAAUAGUUGAGCAGAGGCUAAAAGCUUUUGUGGGUCAGCUCCAGACAGAGUUUGCCAUUCUUGAUCGACUCGUUCACAAAAACAAGAACCAGCAUAGAAGAUGCUCAUACUUCCAGUACCUCUUAAAGGUGAGACGAGAUUUGAGGCUCCUCCAAGCAGCUAAUUUGGAGGAGGUUUUGAGUGCCUCUUUUCAAAUUCUUUAUGGGAAAAGACCCAAGCAAAAAGUGCAGCUUUUGGAAAGCCUAAAGAGGAGAAGAACUGAUGGUGGCAAACACAAUUUUCUGGAGCGACUUUUAGGGGUUGCACACCUGUUGACGCAGAUGGUUGAGCCAAUGUUAAGGGCCGCUACGGAGAUAUCCACACUUCUUGCACGAUCAUUUUUUAUGGGAUUUUCGUUGACAAUAUUGGCUUUGCUUGCCCGAAUAAGAGUUCUAGUUCAGCAAAUGCUUCUUGAUGUUGUUUGUGUAUUCAACAAUGUCUCCUCUUUAUCUCAGAGGGAACAAGCCAUAAAAUUGACUCAAGAUGGAUUUGAGGUUUUUAGAGAAUACUUUCCACCAAAGCAGCAGGUGGUUUUCCUCGAAUGUCUUUGGAAAUCUGAUAAGUAUGUGUUAGUUGAGAGACAAACUGAGAAACAUGCUGGAAGCCAGGAAAAGGAGGUCGGAGAAGAUGUUUCUGUAGAAGCAUCUAAAAUUCAGUACGAAAGCAUUGAGAUUUUCCUAGGAGAUGAGGAACCUGGAAAGAUAACCUCUAAUGAUUUGGCUGAGGAUGGUCAAGCUGUAAUCGACAAAGACAAAGCAAAUUCGUUGGAGAAUCCUAUAGAUUUGGCUGAGGAUGGUCAAGCUGUAAUGGACAAAGAUAAAGCAAAUUCUUUGCAGGAUCCUAUCCAAGAGAGUAAUGAUGAAUUUCGAGCUCAAGUUGAUUCAGCUAUUGCAGGACCUUCUGGCAAUAAUUUUAAUGCUACUAAAGCUGGAGCGCUCCCAAGUUCAUCACCCAACAAGAAUCCGGCGAAAGCUAAACCUGGAUCAAAGAAUAAUGUUGCAUUUGUUUCAGUUAAAAGACCAGCUGUGUCAACAAAGAGUGAAUUGGAGUUUGACAUUUAUGGAAUUGAAAAGGGUGAUAAUCCUAGUGUAGAUAAAGAAGAUCCAUUUUUCAGUUUACUUACUGCUGGAAAUAUGAAGAGCAGUCUAUUCUAAACUUCACCUAAGUUUUGUUUUCCCUUUUUUUUCUUCCUCUAAACUUUGUCGCGGGUACCUUUGUGUACAUAUUUAUGUUAAAGCUUUCCCUGCAUUUGAACAAGUCAUCCAAAUUGGUUUUUGAAUUUUAAGAGUUGGUUCUCAAUCA